GGCGGCUUCUUUUUGCAGUUGGGGUGGUCAGUUUGUAAUUCCUUUGAAAUGUCCAGCACGUCCAGCAAGGCGGCGGAAAUUCAUAAAAAUAAUCGCUGCACAAUUACGUGUAAAUAAUAAAAUUUCCUGCUCGGCUGCAACGUGUGUUUGUGUCCGAAUUUUCUCAUCCAUCUGACGAAUACACCGCAAUUUAAUGUCCAUCAAUCAAAAAAGUGGCAGGAAUACACGCCUAUCAAUCAGACGCAUCUAUCAGAGUCACCCUUUGUGAUGGUAAUACGUGGUGGAACUUUAGCUGUAUUAUUCGCAGUGUGCAUCCUGCUCGCGUCCGCCGCCGAUCCUCCCGGGCAGUGCGUUUUGGAUCAGGUAAUGGGAAGGGAGUGGGAAUUCCAGGAGUUCGACACUAAGAUGAGGAAUGAAGAUGCUUCGUACAGCUGCAUGCUGAAAUGUUUCAGGGGUGGAUUUGGAAAUAUAGUGAAGACACCUUUUUUCUUCACUCGCACUUUCGCUCCGAAUAAUGUUGUCCCUGGAAACUGCAGCGCGAAAAGUCAAAAAAUGAAACCAAAUUGCAAAAAGAAAGCAACAGAGUUGCCAUUACGGCUUUUGGAGGACGGGUCAUUAAUUUACUUCACUUCUGGGCUGGAGCUGGCGUACUUUGAAGCGAUUAAAUUUUGUUCAUUUCAUGGCAUGGAAUUGGCAAGUAUGAAGAACGAAACCUUCAGAGGCGCUUUCCACUUGUUUCUGUAUGAAAGAGUUGAAAAUUUCUGGCCCGAUGAUUUUAACGUUUGGUCUAUGGACGAAUAUUUUACGAAAGCCAAUCAAAGUUUUAUUGAGGUCUGCAGCGUUUAUUCCGAUUGGAGAUGCGCAAAAUUGAGCGUGCAACAAAUGAAUUGCACAGAGAGCGCAAAUUUCGUGUGCAGAAUGCCAAAAAUGUGUUUGGAAGUGAACUGCGAAAUGUGCCAAAACGACAGCAUUUGUAGGGAAAAGCAAGGAGAAAGCUCCAAAUUCUGCAUACCAAAAUGUCCGGAAUGUCCCCAAAACUUGGACAAUUAUUCUCCAGGAUCGAUCCAAACGAGGAAAAUUUGCAACGUCGACUAUUUCAUUUCUUCCCAACCAGCAUCAUUUGAGGACGCCAACAGAUUUUGCUGCGAGAGAAACUUGACGCUUUUCAGCGCGGAGAGCAAGGAAGAAUACAACUGCCUGAAAUCUGUCAUUAUAGACGAAAGCCUGCAGAAGAGCCUGUUUUGGUCAUCAGGAAUUUCAAAAUCGUGCCCCGGCCAGUUCAUGUGGUGCGGCACCCACGAGUUGGUCCCCUACAAGGCGAUUAUUUGGCGCAGGCCUGGAAACGCAAUUAACCGGCGGGAAUGUCUGGCAGUGUCGUUUUCUGGGGACAGCGAGGCGUACCUAGAUCUGGACUGCACCGACAAAAGGGAAUUCAUUUGCGAGAAGCAAAGCAGUUUGUACAAGCUUAGGACGACAAAGGCACCGUGCGUUGAGCCGGAAUGUCCAAAAGAUAAUAGCAAGAAUUGCGAGGCGCAAAAGCAGCUAUUAAAGGAAACCCCUGUUCUCCAAAAAUUGCCUUGGGUAAACUGCACCAAGUUCUCUUAUCUUGUCAGUGCCAUCCUUGCGCCUAUUUCUGGAGAAAUUAGCAUUUUGGAUAUGCCGUUUUCGAUGAAAUUUUGCUGUGCUUGGGGUGCGCAAUUGUCAGCCUUGGAUGCCAUUGCAGACAGAAAAUGCAUUUUGAAACAUUUUGAAAGCUUGAAUUUAAUAAGGAAGAAUCGUUAUUUUUGGAUAAACGGAGGCUCGUUUGGCGGCUGCAGAAACUUCAAAAACUGUUACACUGACGAUAUGUUUGAUGCGUCACAGCUGAACUGGAAAGAGGGCUUCCCGUUUUUCAAAGAGUCCACCAGCCGCGAAUGUCUUGCAGUGGAAUUUAUACCCUCAAAUGCUAAUCAGUCCACACCGGCCACUUUCGAACACAUGAACGUCGAAUGUGGAAGAGUGAUUGGAUACGUCUGCCAGAGAAAAAUUUAGGUGUCUAAAAUUUUGAUAACAAUUUUAACAUUUAAUUUUUUUUACAAUUGGAAUAAAAAUUUGAAAAAAAAAAAUUAGGAGAAUUCUAAA